ACUGCAAAGAGAAGAAGAUCUCGUUGACGCCCCAAAAAAUAACCAGAGGUAAUGGUUCCGCUUCCAUGGGAGCUAGAGGAAGAUAUACUGUCUCGACUUGCAGCCCAAUCUCUUGUUCGAUUCAGAUCCGUUUGCAAACGAUGGAAUUAUCUUUUCGAUGAAAAGAGUUUCAUCAAAAACCACUUCGCUCGUGCUUGUCCUCAGUUCAUCUUCAUGACCGAUUCCAAUAUUUAUUCGAUAGAGAUCAUCGGUCUCGACGGCGUUGAUCCAACGAUUAAGUUACGUGUGCUAGACUCCUCUGGUAUCCCUUACCGUGACUGGAAAUUUGCUUACAUAACCAUCACUGCUUGCGAUGGGUUCUUGUUUUGUAACUCUUGGGCUAGUCCUAAGGGGACAGCUUUUUGGAAUCCGUGGUUGAAACAGGUUAAAUGGAUCGAGUACGAGGAUAAAGGUUUCAAUGUCUGUGGCUUAGGAUACGAUAAUACUAGAGACGGAAAGGUUUACAAAAUCUUGGGGUAUUUAAUGUGUCGCCCUGAAGAUGGGAGCUCUUACGUAUACCACCAGAGAGUUGCGAUCUACGACUGUGCCUCUCACGCGUUCAAGUUUAUUGAAAUAUCGAACAAGGACUGGUUCCUAACCGAUGUUACACGAUUCAGUGUGUCUUUGAACGGAAAUCUCUAUUGGCUUUCUCCUAUUCCCAACACUGAUGACUUUCUCAUCCAAUGUUUUGAUUUCUCUAGGGAGAUAUGCAAACCCUUUUGUCUUCUUCCUUGUCGGAAGUUUGAUGCUUUCGAUUUACUUGUAAGUUUUCAGGGGAGAUAGGUUAUCCUUGUUAAAGCAAUGUUAUAAGACAAGGAAGGUUGAGAUUUGGGUUACGAAGAAUAAGAUUGAUACUAGUAACAACAAUGGAUCAGACGAAGUUGUGUGGAUUCACUUGUUGACGUUGCUACCAAAUAACUUGCCAAACUUAUUUAUCGAGUGUUAUGGCAUUAGUUACUUCAUCUAUGACAAGACCACCUUCAUCAUUUAUUGUGCUGACGAGAACACUUAUGCGGCUUGCAUCUAUAUUGUCAGGGGAGAUUUGCUCAAGAAGUUUGUAAUUGACACCAUGGUUUUCUGUUGUUAUAGCUGUGUUUAUGCUCCCAAUUUUAUCCCCCUUCCUUUAAUGUAAAAGUUCUGAAUAUAAUAAUAAGAUGCUUUAUUU